AUGAUAAAAAAAUGUAGAAAACACAAAGUGACUUAUCUUAGCCACGAUUCCCAAAAUGAAUUUAUCGACUUACUAGCAGAUGAAACAAAUAACACAAUUAUUGAAGAAGUUAAAAAAUCUGACUUUUUUUCUUUGAUGGCUGAUACAACACCAGAUGUUUUACAUCAAGAUCAAUUGUCAAUUUGUUUACGUUACAUAGAUCCUUUUGGAGAAGUCUGUGAAAGUUUAGUAGCAGUGUGUGAAGCUGUUGAAAAAGCUGGACUAGGAAUCGCUGAGAAUAUUAAGGAAAUAAUACAAAAAAAUGGUCUACCAUGCGAAAAUAUUGCUUUUCAAUCUUAUGACUUUGACAGUAGCAUGUCAGGUAAGAUCAACAGAACAACACAGAAACUAUCUGAUCUUGUUGGUCAUAUAAUUUAUUUUAUUCCUUGUCAGACACAUCGAAUUAAUACUUUCUUGAAACACAGUUGUGAUGCAAGUGCCGUGGUUGUGGACUUAUUUUCUAAUCUUGAGCAAUUGUAUGUUUUUUUUUUCAUCGAGUACAAAAAGAUACGCCCAUUUACACUGCAAGAUAACCGAGAUAGAAAAUUCUUUAAAUUUACGGAACCUUUCAAAAACAAGGUGGACUGUUAG